AUGCAGCUCUCCGUGGCUUUGGGGUUUCUGGUAGGCUGCGUCCUGAUUUUCGCACCUGUUAACGAGGGCUGUGGACCGGGGAGGGGAUAUGGCAAAAGGCGGCCGCCAAAGAAACUGACACCACUCGCUUACAAGCAGUUUAGCCCAAAUGUAGCCGAGAAAACUUUGGGAGCCAGCGGGAGACCAGAGGGCAAAAUAACCAGGAAUUCUGAUCGAUUUAAAGAACUGACACCGAACUACAACCCCGACAUAAUCUUCAAGGAUGAGGAGAACACAGGUGCUGAUCGACUCAUGACACAGCGCUGCAAGGACAAGCUGAACUCUCUGGCCAUCUCGGUGAUGAACAUGUGGUCGGGGGUGAAGCUGCGCGUGACGGAGGGUUGGGACGAAGACGGGCACCACUCAGAGGACUCUCUGCACUAUGAGGGGAGAGCGGUCGACAUCACCACGUCCGACCGCGACCGUAACAAGUACGGCAUGCUGGCCCGCCUGGCUGUGGAGGCCGGAUUUGACUGGGUCUACUAUGAGUCCAAGGCCCACGUCCACUGCAGUGUGAAGUCAGAGCACUCUGUUGCAGCAAAGACAGGCGGUUGCUUUCCUGGUGGAGCUCUGGUCACUCUGGAGGAUGGGAGCAGGAAGGCCCUGCGAGACAUCCAGCUGGGCAACAAAGUUCUGGCCUCUUCGGAGAGCGACGGAAGCGGCGAGCUCAUCUACAGUGAGGUCAUCGCCUUUCUGGACCGAGACCCCGUCACCCUGAAACAGUUUUACUCCAUAGGAACAGAAGAGGGGUCGGUCCUUACCCUCACAGCCGCCCACCUUGUGUUUGUGACGGAGGGGAACUGCUCAGGGGGAGUGGAGGGUGGCAGGGUGAGGACAGUAUUCGCCAGCGAGGUGCAACCGGGCCAGUGUGUGGUAUCAGGGAAGGAACCGGGCCGAGAGGGGCGCCUGUCUCGUGUCUCCUGGGUCCAGAUCCAGGAGGACAGGGGAGUUUUUGCCCCGCUGACCCUUCACGGCACCGUUGUGGUCAACGACGUUCUCACGUCCUGCUACGCGGUAGUGGAUCAGCACUCCCUGGCCCACUGGGCCUUUGCCCCGCUCCGACUUUUGUACCGCUGGACUGGGCCCGACUCGGACCGCGCGGACGGACUACACUGGUACUCUUCGCUGCUGUACUGGAUCGGAACACUUAUACUGGACCCGACACACUUUCAUCCCUGGGGCAUGAUGGGUAAUGACAGAUGAGAGUUAGAAACGGAGAGACCAAAUUUUGGUCAAAAGCAAAAAAAGUGAUUGCACAUGAGUCAAAAGAAGAGAAGGAAAU